AUCAUCGAAUGGAACUAUGCAGGGGGUUUCAAUUUUCUGUGAAUGUCAGAAACACUUCAGCAGCUCCACUAAGAAAAGCAACAAGUUCUCGAUAAAAAGGAGUGAACUGACCCAAACCUGACCUACAGAAACAAAUUUCCAUUUUUAGUGAUAUUUCAGAUAGUCGAUAUGCAUUUUGUUCGCACACUCAUUUCCACGAUAUCUGUUUAGGUGGGAAGCUGUUGCUUGGCCUCGGAGAUUCGUUCACGUCUGGUGGCGGUUCGCGAUCCUGUCCACAUGUUGCUGCUGGUCUGCUAAAUUGGCAGGUACGCAAUUUUGCCGUCGGUGGAGCCACGACGAAAAAUAUACUGCCACAGUUGAUAAAUGCUGCAGCCGUCUUCCCUGUGACAACGGAUAUUGUUUUAACAAUUGGUGGUAAUGAUCUCAAUGGCAUUGGAAGUUUAGCGAGCGUCGCCCAACUCAAUAUCACCUUAUUUGAGCAGAGAGCUGCUAGUUUUAAACCUACACUGGUCUCCACUUACAAACAGAUUAAAGCUACCGCUCGUCCUGAAACGAAAAUUUUCGCUUUACCAUACGUUGAUUUUAUCAGCGUCGGCAAUGGAAUGCCGUACAAGGCCGAAUCCCGUCGAAUCUUGCAAGCGUUGAACAAUUGUGUCAGAGACGCUGCAACAGAAGCAAGCACUGGCUACAUUGAUUCCGUUAUAUCGGCGUUUCUUGGCCACGAAAUGAAUUCCGCCGACCCAUACAUCGAUAAUUUCAACCAUCCAACAAACGCACUUCAUUCAAACUUGAAGGGCUAUGCCAAGAUUGGUGACGUAGUGGCUGCUCACUUACAGAGAAAUGGACGAAAAUAA